AUGAGAAGCUCGGGCGGCGGGAGGAGCGGCAGCGGCCCAGCAGCCCAGCUUUGCGAAGGCUCUCGGCGCGCCGCGGCCCGCAGGCACCCGGCACGCGCCCUCCCCGCCGCCGGGGUGCCCAAGAGGAAGGUCGGCUCAGCCGAAGGGGCAGCGAAAGAGGAGCCCAAGAGGAGAUCGGCGAGGUUGUCAGCUAAACCUGCUCCUGCAAAAGUGGAAACGAAGCCAAAAAAGGCAGCAGCCAAGGAUAAAUCUUCAGACAAAAAAGUACAAACAAAAGGGAAAAGGGGGGCAAAGGGAAAACAGGCCGAAGUGACUAACCAAGAAACUAAAGAAGAUUUACCUGCAGAAAAUGGAGAAACUAAAAACGAGGAGAGUCCAGCCUCUGAUGAAGCAGGAGAGAAAGGAGCCAAGUCUGAUUAAUAUCGUAUACCAAGUCUUAUCAGUGGUCCCUGUCACCCUUGUACA